GGACUUUCGAUUUAUUCCCAUGGGAGCGCGGCACGGCCAUCAUUUGCGUUAUCCGCUUCCUCCGAAACCGCCUCCGCCGCCUGGGGGCCACCGCACACGGCCCCCCGCGCGCUCUCUCUCUCUCUCUCUCUCUCUAUCUCUAAGGCGUGUCGGCGGAGAUGUUGUGGGAAGACGCUCUCCCGCCGCGCGACGGCGAGCCCGAGCAAGAAUCCCCCUUCAGUUUCGACUUCUUCUCUCUCCUGUCCAAGCCCAAGGACUAUUACAAGAUACUGGAGGUGGAUUACGAUGCCUCCGAGGACGCGAUUCGGUCUAAUUACAUCCGGCUUGCACUGAAAUGGCAUCCGGACAAACAAAAGGGUCAGGACGAUGCGACUUCGAGGUUUCAAGAGAUAAAUGAAGCGUACCAGGGUCAGUUCGAUUCUCUGUCUCCUCACGUGUUUCUCAUGGCAUCUCGCUUUAGCUGUAUUCUUAGCGAUCCCGCCAAGAGGAGAGAAUAUGACACGAAAGGGAUGUCACAUGUUUAUGAUUACAAUAUAGUUGAGUAUCUUAACCGUUACAAGGGCCUCAUAUUGACAUGUAAUGGCUUGGGGAUCCAGCAGUCGAUUUGGUGAGCUAAAUGCUUCUGUAUCUCUCGAAUCACAUCUAAGGAAAGCUCUAGACGCGUGGCUUGUAUAUGUUAGCAGCCACUUAGCUUCGGCACGAGAAGGCACUGGAGAUUUUUUUUUCUCUCUUCUCAGGAGUUGAAUCAUCAGUUGAGUAAUUAGUAGCUUCUGGCUCCUGAGGAUGCCAACCCCUAUGUCUUUGGAAGGGUAACAAAUUUGUGAUGCGAUCAUUUUAGUUGAUCAUAUGAAUCAUUUACAGUUGA